CGGCGAUUGGCUGCGCGCCGCGAGGCGGCCGGGGACCGUUGGAGCGGGGACGCUGAGGCGGAGCGGCGGCCGCGGGCCGGGCGGAGCGGGGCGGCCAUCCCGGGAGAGAGGUUGUCCCUUCGAUGUCGGCAGAAUUUACUGAGGUGGGCGCUGCCCUGCGAGGCUCCGUGUGCCAGCCAGAAUGAUUGAGGAGAGUGGGAAGAGGAGGAGGACAAUGGCGGAGAAGAGACAGCUGUUCAUGGAAAUGAGAGCCCAGAACUUUGAUGUCAUCAGACUUUCAACGUAUCGGACAGCCUGCAAGCUGCGCUUUGUGCAGAAGCGAUGUAACCUUCAUCUUGUUGAUAUCUGGAAUAUGAUUGAAGCCUUCCGAGAUAAUGGCCUUAACACUUUGGAUCAUAACACAGAGAUCAACGUGUCUCGACUAGAAACAAUCAUUUCAUCCAUCUACUACCAGCUCAACAAACGCCUUCCUUCUACUCACCAAAUCAGUGUAGAGCAAUCCAUCAGCCUUCUCCUCAACUUCAUGAUAGCAGCGUAUGACAGCGAGGGCCAUGGGAAGCUGACGGUGUUUUCAGUGAAAGCGAUGUUAGCAACAAUGUGUGGUGGCAAAAUACUGGACAAACUAAGAUAUAUUUUCUCUCAAAUAUCAGACUCAAAUGGACUGAUGAUAUUUUCCAAGUUUGAUCAGUUUUUGAAAGAAGUCCUAAAACUUCCAACUGCUGUGUUUGAGGGACCUUCUUUUGGAUACACAGAGCAUUCUGUACGGACGUGCUUCCCACAGCAAAAAAAGAUCAUGCUGAACAUGUUUUUAGACACGUUGAUGGCUGAUCCACCUCCUCAGUGCCUUGUGUGGCUGCCUCUCAUGCACAGACUUGCCCAUGUUGAAAAUGUCUUCCAUCCUGUGGAGUGUUCCUAUUGCCGCUGUGAGAGCAUGAUGGGCUUCCGGUACCGGUGCCAACAGUGCCACAACUACCAGCUCUGCCAAAACUGCUUUUGGCGUGGCCAUGCCAGCGGGCCUCACAGCAACCAGCACCAGAUGAAGGAGCAUUCCUCUUGGAAAUCGCCUGCGAAGAAGCUGAGCCAUGCAAUCAGUAAAUCACUUGGCUGUGUACCAAGCAGAGAACCACCUCGUCCCGUGUUUCCUGAACAGCCAGAAAAGCCACUUGAUCUUGCACAUAUAGUUCCCCCUCGACCUCUGACUAACAUGAAUGACGCCAUGGUGACCCACAUGUCCUCUGGAGCACCAACACCAACAAAGAGCUUGCUCUUUCUGAGAGGCAAGACAUUUGCUGAAGCGCAGAAGGGCAUUAUGCCAGUCCAGAGGCAGUGGUUGCAGUGCAAGGCGGACGCUGCUGGCCAGUUAGCUGAUGAGCAUGCACUGAUUGCAACUUAUGUGAGCCGGCUGCAGCGCGGGGCACGUGUGCUGGACAGCCCAGGCCGGCUGGACGAGGAGCACCGCCUGAUCGCCCGCUACGCAGCCAGGCUGGCCGCUGAGGCCAGCAACACGCCUCGCCCACCCACAGACCUGGGUUUCAACUUCGAUGCCAACAAACAGCAAAGGCAGCUGAUAGCAGAGCUGGAAAACAAAAACAGAGAGAUACUGCAGGAAAUCCAGCGUCUGAGACUGGAGCACGAGCAAGCCUCACAGCCCACGCCAGAGAAAGCCCAGCAGAACCCAACGCUACUGGCUGAGCUUCGGCUCCUGCGGCAGAGAAAGGAUGAGCUGGAACAGAGGAUGUCUGCGCUUCAGGAAAGCAGAAGGGAACUGAUGGUGCAGCUCGAAGGGCUGAUGAAGCUACUCAAAGAAGAAGAGCAAAAACAGGCAGCGCAAGCAGCGGGCUCGGCGCACUCGUCCCCCACCCACGGAGCCGGCCGCCCGCUGCCCAUGCCCGUCAGAUCCACCUCUGCUGGCUCCACACCAACACACGGCCCCCAGGACAUCGGGGACAUGCAAGAAGCUUUCACACAAGGUACAAGGAGGAACCUGCGCAACGACCUGCUGGUGGCCGCCGACUCCAUCACCAACACGAUGUCAUCGCUGGUGAAGGAGCUGCACUCAGCAGAGGAAGAAGAUGAAGAAGAAAUGGAAAAAAUGCAGAACGGGAAGGAUCGAGGUUAGAUGGACGACCACAGGCUGUACAGCAAUUCAGGCGCAGGGGGCUCUCGAUGAGCUCGUGACCGAAGACGUCCCCGCGCCGCUGGGAGAGCCGCGUUCCGGCCGACCCACCACCAUCGCGCCACUGUGAUCGACGCUGACCUCCCACCGGCGCCGGCGUUCUCCCAGCCAACCGAGGGGUUUCCCCGUGGGCAUUUGCCUCUUAGGCCAUUGCAUGUACUGUUUUCCUCAGUGUGUUUACUAACGAUAAUCAGACAGUGCCCCAUCGAACUCUGCCAUUUGCGGGAGGUUCAAGAAAAAGGCAAUACUCCCCGCUCCCGCUACGCGUUCCGAUCUGUUGGAUUUCCCACCCAACAGCGGCACCAUCGCAUCUCAUGCUGGCUGUUUCCUCUUGGCUCCUGCCCUUUGCUGUGCAUGACAAAAAAUGAGGUUUGCACCAUUGGGGUCUCUUUGCGUGUAAAGCAGGGGGGACUCGUGAGUGUGGACGGUUCAGACCCACCUAGAAGCACCGCUCCGCUGUCGGGUUGCUGUUGUGUUUGAUGUUACAUUGUCCUCUGUAAGUGAUGGCGUGUCAGGGAGGAACGAGCAGUGGGAGGACCCCAGACCAGUGCCUCUUCUUUAAACUGUUACCAAAUGUCCCCUUGCAGGCAGGGAAUUCAGGGAUGAGUAGCUUGAGUUGGCAUCAGCAUCUCUGUGUUCAUUCUUGAGAGGAGAGCUGGGUUUUGUUUAAAAUUAAGAGAAAGAGCAGAGUUGUGUAGUCUGAGGCUGGGAGCUCACCGCCGUCUGGGUGCUUAGGAAACAUUGCAAUCAGUUCCAAUCACACCAUUUCGGGUUUUUUUUUUUUUCCCCUCGGUGUUCUGGAAUGUUAUUUUUAGUGGAAGGAGCUGAGUGCCCUAAUGCAGCCAUAAAUAUUUAUCAGGGGUGAUGAAUGGGAAGCAGCGAUAAAGCCCGAAGCCAACGGCAGCCAGUGCGGCACAGAGAGCGCUCGUUGGGUACCUGCAGCCCUUUGGGAGAGCAGAAAUAAACAGACGUGGUGGCCACAGCCUGAGCCAAGUGUAAAUAUUGUGAGCGAGCUGUCAGGGAGGGGAGAGGAGUGAUGAGAACCCGACUCAGCACGUGCACGGCUCGUGAAGCACGGAUCCGCGGGGCACCCUUUUUUUUGUAUUGUUGCUCACUGCAUGACCUCCUCUUCUUACUUUGGGGGACAGGGGUCAGUGGGCAUGGUGCGGCGGGUUGGGGUUGGAUUUGGUGACCUUUGAGGUCUUUUCCAACCGGAGUAAUUCUGUGAUUCUGUUUAGGGAUGUGCUUAGCAGGCACGGUGGCGAUGGGUUGGCGGCUGGACACGGUGAUGGUGGAGGUCUUUCCCAACCGCAGUGAUCCUGUGGCUAUGUAGGCAGCCAUGGUGGUGCUGGGGUGACAGCUGGACGCAAUGACUCAGCUUUUCCAACCCUCAUCCAUGUUGGGAAGCAAACCCUACAGCUUGCUUGUGCUUAACUGGGAACAUUGCAAACCUUCUGCUUGCCUUCACGAUCACCGCCUUAACCCCUGCAGGAAGAACACUGCAGACCACGCUUUCUCCAAGCUGCGAGCUGUGCCAUCAUGGUUCCAGCACGUGUGCAUCUUUCCUUUCAAAUUUGGGGUUCGUUUCUUGUGCACACCAUGGGGUUUGGUGGCUCAGUCGGCACCGGUGCCCAGAGCGCGUGGUGGGGAGGAUGGGAGUGCCAUUGGUAAGAACCUGUGAACUGGAAGCCAUGUUCUGUCAUCUGCCAAAUACUGAAUAAAUUCAUCUCAUCCCUA